AAGAAAGGAGGCAGCAAGGAAAGAUGUUGCCAUGGGGAGCCACUUUUCCCUUGUCUCAGCGCUCGUCCACCAGCUUGAGCCGGACAGCUGUGCCGCUGACAAAGCUGAGAGCUCCAACUCUGCACUGAGCUCAGGGUACUGCAGCACUAUACGGAUACUUCUCUGAUCAACACAACGUCACAGAGAGGGGGGAGAAACACACUUUUUUUUUCUCUCAUUCCAGGGAGUGAGAGAGCACGCUCGAAAGCAGGAGAGAGCGAAGGAGAACGAGGCAGAGAGAGAGCGAUCUCUCUCCAGUGAACGAGUCUUCUUACGGAGCUGCCUCUGCACUGGUACCUCCCUUUACACCUUCCCUGGACUCUCAUCAUCAACUUCUUACAGAAAAUAAGGAUAAUUGGGAAGCGUGCAGAAAGAACUCUGCAGCCUUCGCUGUGUGCAAGCGCAUAUACGGAGAUGGAACCCGGAGCUACUUAAGGAAAGAAAUGCGCUAAUGACCGCAGUGUCACAGUCUUUUCAGCUGGACAAGGUGCUGACAAAUCGAGCGGACAAAACAUACUGAGAGAGAGGGAGACGGACAAAGUAAACAUGUGCGAGCGGUCCUCUAUGGAGACACAGGCAUUUAGUAGCAGUGUCAAGCGGAGGUAUCCAAGGACAAGCAUCUGUGGAUAGUGCGAGAGCGAGCGCUUCUAUAGGAGCCAAACUGGAUUGGUACUCUUGCCUAAAGCUCUGAGGCCCUGCAGAGCCACAACAUCCCCUCGGAUGCUUCUCUGUGGAUUUAUUAGGGGCCAUUUUGGCAUUCACCUCUUGUUUUCUGACAAAUGAAAAAAGAGAAGGCUUUGCUUAUCCUGGGAAUAUAAGAAUUUGAGGAAAAAAAUCUAUUUUGUGAUUGCAAAAUUUGGACGUAUAAAACCUUUGAGGUAGGUGUUGAGCCUUUCCAAACAUUUUUAUACAUAAUAUAGUCCCCUGUUUUAUUCAAUUCAUUAUUUCUUGGCUUUUCACUUCUCCCUCUUUACUCGAGUACUUGUCACUGAACGUUUAGCCUCCAGUUCAGUAAAUGGAAAAACAAUCUAGAGUGUUGUUUAACCCAGGGUAGGGCUUCAUUAGUCAGAGGUGAACCCCUCCCCCUUCCCCCCGCUUUCUACCCCCUCUCCCCAACCAUCAUCAUCACCCCACGCCCCCCCCCAGACGAUGCUGAAUUAUGAAUGUGCCACAUCAUGAGUCUCCUGGGGCGGGUAGCUGUGCGUCGAGCCAGGAAAGCCGCCCUGCUCUGUGUCCUGUUCCUCAUGGUUCAAGCGUGUGUGGAGGUGGCGGCCGCGGCAGGGCCCCAGGGUUGCCCGACUGAUUGUUCCUGCAACAACCAGCUCAGCAAGGUGGUGUGCACCAGGCGUGGGCUCACUCGUGUGCCACCAGGAAUACCCAGCAACACCCGGCACCUAAACCUGAUGGAGAACGCCAUCGAGGCUGUACAGGCCGACUCUUUCCGCAACCUCCAUCACCUGGAGGUAUUGCAGCUGGGUCGCAAUGCCAUUAGACAGAUUGAAGUGGGUGCCUUCAGUGGGCUGACCAAUCUCAAUACACUGGAACUAUUUGAUAACAGGUUGACAGUGGUGCCAAGUGGGGCAUUUGAGUAUCUGUCCAAGCUGCGAGAGCUGUGGCUGAGAAAUAACCCCAUUGAAAGCAUCCCAUCGUACGCAUUUAACAGAGUGCCAUCCCUAAUGAGAUUGGAUCUAGGUGAACUGAGGAAACUAGAGUAUAUCUCGGAUGGGGCCUUUGAGGGUCUAGUCAACCUCAAGUACCUCAACCUGGCAGUGUGCAAUGUUCGAGGAGAAAUGCCCAACCUGACACCUCUGGUUGGGUUGGAAGAGCUGGAAAUCUCAGAGAACCUUUUUCCUGAGAUCAAACCAGGUUCAUUCAGAGGACUGUCUUCACUCAAAAAGUUAUGGAUCAUGAACUCUCAAAUAGGGCUAAUUGAGCGAAACGCAUUUGAUGACCUGGGCUCAUUGGUGGAACUGAAUUUGGCCCAUAACAAUCUAAGCUCACUGCCCCAUGACCUCUUUACCCCACUGAAGUACCUGGUGGAACUUCACCUGCACCAUAACCCCUGGAACUGCGGCUGUGACUCACUCUGGCUAGCACGCUGGCUACGUGAGUACAUACCCACCAACUCGACAUGUUGUGGGCGUUGUCACUCCCCUGCACACAUGAGAGGCCGCCAGUUGGUUGAGCUGGACAGGGGUGACACCGGGGCAAUGCAGUGCUCUGCCCCUUUUAUUGCUGAUGCCCCGAGAGACCUGAAUAUUUCUGCUGAACGUGUGGCAGAAUUGCGAUGUCGAACAGCGGCCAUGUCUGCCGUGCGAUGGCUCCUACCAAAUGGGACUGUUUUAACUCAUGCAUCAAGCCACCCACGGAUAACCGUGCUAAAUGAUGGGACUUUGAACUUUUCAAAUGUGUUAGCAGGUGACACGGGUAUGUAUACCUGCAUGGUGUCCAAUGCGGCCGGAAAUUCCAAUGCUUCAGCCUAUUUAAACGUAAGUGCGGCUGAACUCAACACAUCCAACCUUAGUUACUUCACCACAGUCACAGUGGAGGUGCUGAACCCCACAUCUGAAAUGCCCAAGCCCAAAACCACCACGACAACAGCAGGUGCCAGCACCACUACCACGGCUUCGCCAUCCGUCUUUCAGCCGGUUUUUAUCUCAACGCCUACAGUCCUGCUCCAGAGCACCGACACUCCCCCAAGUCGCCCAUCUGUUGUACCUGGCUCAAAAGUUACAACAGGAAAGCCGCCCAACCCAGCCAGUACCAGUCUGGAUGAGGUGAUGAAGACAACAAAGAUCAUUAUCGGUUGUUUUGUGGCAGUAACCUUGCUAGCAGCAAUCAUGCUAAUUGUAUUUUAUAAACUACGAAAGCGGCAUCAGCAGAGGAGCACAGUGGCUGCAGCCAGAACUGUGGAGAUUAUUCCGGUAGAAGAGGAAUUGCCACCACCAGCAUCUGCUGCCAAUAUAGCAGGGGAGGGGGCACUGACUCUACCAGAGAUAAGGGACCAUAACAGUAUUUACAAACUGGACUACACCCACAAAUCUGACUACAGCUACAAACCAAAACUAGAAUACAGUACCCAUAAGCCCAAGCAAGAUUUCAGCAUCCACAAACCCAAGUCAGACUACAACACCUACAAACCUAAAACAGACUAUAUGUACCAACCUACUCUGGAAUACAGCUCUCACAAACUGACGGACUAUUCACACAAGUCAUUGCCGGAUUACCACAUACACAAAAAACCUGAGCAGAGUCCCUACAAAGCUGGAUACAGUACUCACAAACCUGACUACAAAUCUCAUAACCCUAAACCAGACUUCAGCCCAUUCAAACCAGAGUACGGUGUUCCGAAAUCGAAAACUGACUACAGUAUGCCCAAGCCCAAAUCCGAUUACAGCCCCUUCAAGACAGACUGUAGCCUUUUCAAACCUGACUACAGUACUUUCAAGGCAGAGUACAGCCCCCUCAAAGCGGAAUAUGUCAGUUGUGACUUCAGCCCCCACAAGUCCAAAAUGGAUUACAGUCCUCACAGGAUGGACUACAGCCCACAUAAGAUCGACUACAGCACCCUGAAGCCCAAAUACAACACUUACAAGCCACCAGGCCAUGGUGCCAAAUGGACAGAAAGCAACAGCAUUGGAAAUUCUCUGCCUCGAACCUUGCCCACUGCUAUCACAGCUACUCCUGAGGCCCUUGUCAUAAAAACUCACACCAAGGAGAAAGUACAAGAGACUCAGAUAUAAUCUGCCCCUCAACAAAUCAGAACCUCAGUCAAAACGACCCUCUCUCUCCCUUAUAAGCCCACCCUCACCCCAGCAUAAAACAUGCAAUAGAGUGCACAAAAGAGAAAAAAAGAAAGACAGGAACUACUUUUUUUUGUACAGAGUGCAAUUCCAAAAGACUGAUUCUUGUUGUACAUGCUUAUAAAUAAAUAUAUAUGGAAAAACUGAACUACCAUGGGCUGGUAAUAGAAAAGCAGAUUAUAUUAAAAAAAUAAUAAAUUGAAACUAUUUUCUAACUUAUAACUCCUAUUUAAAAGAUGAGUUGUUUUAAGACGCUGUACUGAAUUUAAGAAAUGAGGGUAGUCUUGUUUAAAAAGGGCAUUCUGUGAUUUCUAAAUGCUACAGAGAAUGCAGUGAAAAAUACAAAAAAAAAAAAAAAUUUAUACUGAGAAGUCUUUCUUUAAAAAACAGAAAAGAAAAAGGUCAAUGUUGAUCUUUGCAGGUUUAUCUUGUAAAAGCACCAUAAAUUUGUACUGUGCCAAAUGUUACAAAUGCAAUAAAAGGAUUUUUGGAAGAAAAGAAAAAAUAAGAA